CUCUCCUCUCCUCUCCUCACACACACAGAGACUCAACACAGACUGACAUCCAGAGCGUGUUGCACUUCUUGCGCUCCUCUUUAAGAUCUCUUUGGAUGGAUAAAGCAAGUUAAAUCUCGGACUUUGGUUAAUGAAGAGCUGGAUCAAGUUGAUAUUGCCUUUAGAUGUCGCACCAGUCGUGCGUAAAAAGAAGUGGAAAUGGCACGGAAGAUAAAUGUCCACUCUUCUUAUUUCUCCUGACACACCGGGUGCGACUUGAUGAAACGGUUUUCAAGACGCUCAGAGAACCGGUGGAGCAAGAAUGAAUAUGGGAUGUUCAUUACGGAGACUAAGAAGAAAAUCAUUCCUCCCUUCCCUCCUGUCACUGCUGACCCUGUGUGUCCUGCUACUGGUCAGUAUGAAGCACAGCUACGUCCCUGUGUCUCUACCUCCCCCGGCAGCUUUAGAUGACAUCCAGACAUUUCACAAGUACAAUAUUAACUGUUUGGCCAUCUAUGACAUGGACCCAGUGGAGGUGGGAAAGUCGCUGAUCAUCAGACGGAAACAAGUCGUGGAGGACAAAGAUGAGUGUCUGGUUAACCUCACCUCCAACUGCCCGUUAUUCAUCCAGUCCAGAGGUUAUGAUGACGUGUGUGUCUCAGAGGAGGAGAAAGACUUUCCUCUUGCUUACUCGAUGGUUGUGCAUAAGUCUGCGUGGAUGGUAGAGAGGCUCAUCAGAGCGCUGUACUCACCCCGUAACAUCUACUGCAUCCACUAUGAUCAGAAGUCUUCAGCUGAGUUCAUCUCAGCCAUGGAGGGUUUAGCUGGCUGUUUGCCCAACGUCUUCAUCGCCUCCAAGCGAGAGUCCGUCUUCUACGCGAGCAUCAGCAGAUUGAAAGCUGAUCUCAACUGUCUGUCCGACCUUCUGGAGUCAGAAGUCAAGUGGAAGUAUGUCAUCAACCUCUGUGGCCAAGAUUUCCCCCUCAGGUCCAACAUCGAGCUGGUGUCAGAACUGAGGAAGCUGAAUGGAGCCAAUAUGCUGGAGACGAGCCGACCCAGUGUGACGAAGAAGGAGAGGUUCACCUUUCACUACGAGCUGAGGGAUGCCAACUUUGAAUAUCAAAAACUGCCGGUGAAAACGGAGCAGUUAAAGACCCCGCCGCCACACGGCAUGGAGAUGUUCUGCGGCAACGCCUACUUCGUCUUGUCCCGGAACUUUGUGGUGCACAUGGACUCCUCAGUUGUGGUGAAAGAUUUUUUGGCCUGGUCAGAGGACACCUAUUCACCGGAUGAACACUUCUGGGCCACACUUGUUCGACUGCCGGGUGUUCCUGGAGAGGUGCCCAGAUCGCAGCCCGACAUCACGGACCUGAUGAGUAAGACCAGGCUGGUGAAAUGGCAGUACCUGGAGGAGAACCUGUACCCGCACUGCUCGGGGGAACACGUCCGCAGCGUUUGUAUUUUUGGUGCGGCGGAAAUGCAUUGGUUGCUCAACUACGGUCACUGGUUCGCCAACAAGUUCGACCCCAAAGUGGACCCCAUUCUCAUUCAGUGCCUUGAGGAGAAGCUGGAGGAAAAACAAAAGUUAUUCCAAUCAGUGGCAUCUCCUACCUGUCGUAAGGGUUAACCAAAAGCUACUGUAGAGCAGAAAUGAUUAGUCGAUUAAUCAGUUAGUCGAUCAAGAGAAGAUUAAUCAGCAACAGUUCGUUUAAAGAAGGACAUAUCGUGAAAAAUUUACUUUUUCAGUGCUUGUUUGCUCAAACAUUUGUGUAUCUGGAGUGCCUAUCAACCCACAAACUGUGAAAUAAGACAACACAGUCAGUUUUUUGUGGGCUGUCUAGAUCAGAAAACGUGAUUCAACGAGCCAUUCAGA